AGUAAUAGUAAAGUGUAUGGGAUAACUGAACAAACAUGGCGGAAUACAUCAUCGCGGAAGGUUCGUGGUGCUAGGAUAUAUGUUGAACAGUAGAUAUUGAUCGAUUUUUUUUUUAUUUCCCCUGUUUUCCUUCGGAUGGACGACGAAAGUAUGCAUAGGUAAAACCUGGAACCAUCUCGCAAGAGAGGGGGCACUGCAGUUGUUCCAUGGCAUCCGGUGCUCAAAGGUUGAGCAGACGUAACGUUAAAGAGAGGGGUAUGGGUUUGCCUAAAGCAGAGGAUCCUGCACAGCAAGCGGGUCACCGCCUAAAUCAGAGCCCCAACAAGUCGUCUCUGAGCACAAAUGGGGAUUCAACAAAAGCUCCUAGAUGGACUGCUGGGAAGUGCAGCUCACAAGCAUCUGGCAGCAACUUGCAAGAGGCCGAGUUGGCAGCAGAGAUCGGCUCUGAUGAGGUCAACUCCACUCUAGGGACGGGUCAAGAUGAUUGUGAGCAAGGCACUCAGCUGAUAUCUGACGAGUCCACAAAUGCAACGCCAGUAAAGAAAAAAGGGCGUCCUCCGUCCAAGGGGAAGGGUCAGCGGAAGCAACCAGUGAAAACCCCCGCCAAAGCUCCCAAAGCUCCCAAAGCUGUCCCAGCUACCCCUAAAGCCACAGGAAAGAAACAGCCUAUGAUGCCAGUUCCACAGGCCACCAGCACGCCCAUGGGCAAGAUGGCGCCACCACCAGAGGCCCCCUCUUCCCCAGAGGUGAUGCCAGGCGGUCGGCCCAAGAGGAGAGCGGCAAAAGCUGCAAUUGAGUACCUUCACAGCCUUGUGAAAAGCCUGAACGAUACCAAUGCAGAUUACCCGAGUAAGGACGAGGACAUGGACACUUCACCUAGAGCAAAGAAGCCCAAGAAAGAGGCGACAGGCCAAGGGAAGAGGAGGAAGGCUCCUGAGCCAGACAGCGACGCGGGGGAAGACUCUGACUUUGUCCCUGAGGAAAAAGACAGUGACGUGGAGAGUGAGGACAGCGAGGAAAUGGAGGACGAGGACCUGGACGAAGAGUUAUCUUACCGCGAGCGCAAAACGGCUCCCAUUUUUCGGAAAGACUUCUUGCCAGGUUCUCAACAAAUACGGAGACCAGGCUUCGCAAGCAAUGGCCUCACCAAUAGGCUGAUGCACCCUGUGUGGACAGCUUUCUCUGCCCACAAGGAAUUCCGUAACGAUAAUGUGCUACCGUGGGUCUUCCCUGAAUGGAUACCCUCGGUGAAGGACUGGCAGCUCCUGACCACAAGUGAGGCUGAGAAAUAUCUACCUCAAGAGAUGGAAUCCCCUGCAUUCAAGCUUUCACGGGAGAAAAUGAAACAAGGAAGUACCCUUCAGAGACUGAAGAGAUUCGAAGCCUCGUCCUACCACAGCGAGCGGUGGGACACCACCUUCUUCGUCGGCGGCCCUGUAUGGUCCAUGGAGUGGUGUCCCUGCCCAGACGGCUCCAAAGGCAGCCAGUACGUGGCCUUGUACUGCAACCGGAACAUGGACGUCCGCCACAAGAUGAAGAGCCUGCACGUUGAGCCCAGCCUGCUGCAGGUGUGGGACCUGGGAGAGCUCAACAACCGCUGCAGGCCUUCCAGAGCGGCCCAGGUGGCCUACUGUCUUGCCCAGGACGAGGGUUGCGUGUGGGGCCUUAAGUGGUGCCCCACGGGGGCCUGGGAGCUCCCCUCAACAGCGCGGAAGAGCCCUCAGAUGCCUCGACUGGGUCUGCUUGCGGCUGGCUGCUCCAGUGGCAAGAUCGUCAUCUACAGCCUCCCCCAUCCCGACAGCCUGCUGAAACAGAGGAAAGGCCCGAUGGAUGGUGAAGCCAGCCAAGAGCCUCUGAUAUGCCGGGUGCAGCCGGUGCUGACGCUGUGUUUAGGCUCGAGUAGUGUGGAGCACCGGGGCGAGAGUGGACAGUGCUUCACCAUAGACUGGAUGCCAGUGAAACCACACAACCUGGUGGCAGCUGGCUUCUACAAUGGUAUGGUGGCCCUGUGGGAUCUGACCACUAAGUCCUCUCUUCUCCGGGUUCGGGCGCCGAGCAGGUCUCCCGCCAUCUACCCGUUCCACAGCUUCCUGGCGCAUGAUGACCUGGUCCGGUCAGUCAGCUGGUGCAGAGCCUCAGGUGACCAUAUAGUGACGGCUGGGGAUGACCGCAUGACCAAGAUGUGGGACCUGCAAAAAACCCACACGCCCCUCUGUGCCUUCAAGCGCUACCUGGCCACGGAGGUCGUGUGGCCACUGCAUUGGUCCGGCGCUCUCAUGUCUCAGGAAUGUUCCUACGCCACGCACAUGCAGCAAGGGGUCCAUUAUAUUGACUCAGGGUUUACUGAUGUCAGGCACUUAUUCCUGCUCCCAAGGAAAGCCACCCUUUGGUCUCUGUCCCUGUCGGAGUGGCUGAGCAGCUGUGUGACGGCGGACAGCAUCGGCGAGAUGGUGUUGGUGCUCGUGCCAGAGUUGGGCUUGAACGGCAUCAACCUCAAGAAAACUUCUGAUCGCAGAUUUCCGGUGUACAGGGGCGAGAUGGUGCGCUUCGGUGUCGAGGCGGAGACGGAGAGGGGCAAGGAGGGCGACAACCGUAGUGACGAACGGAGUCCCAACGACCCCGAGGUGGAACCCGCCACCUUCCAGGAGGCAAUGAAGAAGUACUACAUCCACUUCCAAGACUCGGACAUGAGGAAUUUCAAAGAUAUCAAAAGCCGGCCCAACCUGAAACGGAUGCGGGCCACAGAGGUGAAGGGGACCAUGAAGAUUGACCAAAUGCCGCUUUCUUCUGUACACAAGGUGCGCUUCAGCCCCAACCUGGGCACCAGUACGUGGGUGGUGUCGGGCGGGCAGGCGGGCCUGGUGCGUGUCCACUGCCUGCGCGCCCUGCUGUGCUCCAGCAUGGAGAAGAUCCAGCAGGAAAGCGAGGUCCAGUUCUCCACCAUGUUCCCCACUCAGGACGAGCCGGACGCCGCCACCACCGUCCAGAGCAGCACAGAGGGCACCGUGCUGGUCACCUAGCAGCACACCAGAGCUCAUUUGGACAGCUAGACGUGCUGCCGGUCAUCAGAGGCACAAGCUGAGGGAGGGGAUGUUUUCGUCCUUUCGCAUGGAGAAGGGAAACAUUUGAGAGGAAUGGGGCAAGAUGGUGGCUGCGGAUUGCCAUGUGGUGCCCUCUGCAGAUAGACAGACCCACUAGUAGGCAGACCCAGUGGAGGAAAGAGACUGAAGGAUCUUUUCUUAAUCUUUGCAGGACCAAGAUUGCCGCCCUUCUGAGCUUGCCCAUGUCGUGGUAAAGGUCAUUUGUUUUAAAAACUUAAACAUGUGUAUUUGUGUGUUGUUGUUUUUAUAUUUGUACAGUUUUCUACUGUUUGUAAAUAACUCCUGGGCAUAACACUUGAAGAUGACCCCACUGACGCAACAGCUCUUGGAAAGUAUUUCAUUCUUCUUUCUGUCCUAUCUGUUUUUGUUCUGCUCAACGGGUCAGGCAUUUUAGUUAAAUUAAUAAUGAAUUUCAUGUGCUAUUUAUUUUAAAUGGGUUCUAAUCAACCAUUGAACUUUUAUUAAAAUUACAUUUGUUUCAUUC